AUGGCGUCGCUGAAAUCAGAGCUGGCGUCCGUCGAGGGCCUCAAGGAUCUCGAGGAGGUCGAGGUUGCCGAGAAUUCCGAGCAGCCGCCUGCACCUGAGAGCGUCGCCUCCCCAUAUGAGCUCCCUGACGUCGAGUUCAGCGUCUGCGAGCCUGGGGUGCUCGUCGAGUACUUUCGCGGCCACGUGGCCGCUGCCCUCGCCGGCGACGCGGCCGGCCGUGGUAAUCCCCGCAACAUCACCAUCAGGUUCACCUGCCCACCCCACGCCGCGCCGACCCUGGCCCUCGAGGAGCUGGCAGGCCUCAUGACGCGCGCCGGGGACACGCUCAGGGUCGAGCUUGCCGCCGCCGCCGCCGCCGAGGAGGGCGGCCGGAAGCGCCGUCAGGCCGACUCGGUCCAGCCACUCGCGUAUCGAAACCGUCGUCCCACGCCGUCCGCCGCCGCCCCGAAAAGCACCGCAGAGGCAGCCUGCACCCAGUCGCACACGAUGGAGCUGUCCGAAGCAUUCGCGAAGCUUCGCCACGGCCCUCAGAAGCGUUCCGACCCGUAG